UUUUCUCUGGCCCUGCUGAUAAAGGAGUGCUUUGCUUGACGUACAAAGUUUAGAGAAAUAGGUGCUGGUAGCUCUUUCUUACACAGACUACUGUAAUUGGUAAAGUUGGUGGCAUAUAGCUUGUAUCAGUAAAAGUCCCUCUUGUCGGAUAUUUCAAUGGGUGUUUCCAGUCUUCUGUACUAGUGCCCAUGUUUGGUGUGCACUUCACCUCAUCUUGCUCUUUGUCUUCCUUAAUCUGUUUACCUAUUUGGUCAUGCUAUACGAUAGCUCAGCUAGCUUAAUUCACAUAUCCUUUUGGGCUUUGUUUGGCAAGGUGGGCUGGGUGUGGGCUUUCUCAGGUGAUACCUGGUCUCUCACGCUCCAGAUGUAUAAAAUAUGGUGCAACUCUCUGUGCUGAGUAAAUUGCAUUACUAUGCUGCUGCUACUAGCUCAGAUGGUGUUUAUCACCAGCUGUCGUCUUGGCUUCAUCGGAUCAGUCUCCUUUCCAGAUAGUGAACGUCUGCCGAAGUUCUGGUAUGACACAGCAAGUUCCCACAUUCAGAGAAGCCUUCUGUAUGAAAACUCUGUGAAGACAGCAAGGAAUAUCAUCUUGUUCAUAGGUGAUGGUAUGGGACUGAACACCAUUGUGUCAACACGCAUUUUAAAGGGUCAGCUACAAGGUCAGUCUGGAGAAGAGUACAGCCUGGCGAUGGACAGCUUCCAACACACGUCUCUCUCUAAGACAUACUGCACAGACUCUCAGGUUGCGGAUAGUUCCUGUGCUGCCACAGCCUUCUUGUGUGGUGUGAAGAGUAACAAGUUCACUGUGGGACUGAGUGCCAACGCCACAUACAACCUGUGCAACAGCACGGUUGGCAAUGAAGUGCAUAGCCUUUUGUCUUGGGCUAAAGAUGCAGGUAAAUCUGUGGGCUUUGUGACAACCACUCGUGUACAGCAUGCCACACCUGCCCCUCUUUAUGCACACUGUCCCAACCGCUACUGGUAUUCAGAUGCCAGUAUCCCUGCUGACCAAAGGAAGCCUGGAUGUCUGGACAUUGCCUAUCAGUUGGUUCAUAACAUUAGAGAUAUUGAGGUUAUUAUGGGAGGAGGUCGUCAGCACAUGAGUCCUCAAGGGACCCCGGACAUAGAGUAUCCCAAUGAGAACCGGUACCAGGGCCAGCGCCUUGAUGGGCUCAACUUAAUUGACAAAUGGAGAGAAAUGAAAGGGACCAAGAAUGCAACCUAUGUGUGGCAUCGAGAUCAGCUGGACAAAGUGGAUCCAGAGAGAACCGACUACUUGAUGGGUCUCUUUGAGCCAGGUGACCUGGCCUAUGAGUUGGAACGGAAUAGCAGUACUGACCCCUCAAUUGUAGAGAUGGUGGACAAGGCAGUGCACAUCCUCCGAAAGAACACUCAGGGCUUCUUCCUUUUUGUGGAGGGUGGAAAGAUCGACCAGGGUCAUCACUCGGGGAGAGCCAAACUUGCACUCUAUGAGGCCAUGCUGCUCGAUAAUGCUAUUGAGAGGGCUCUCGAGUUGACUGAUGCCUCAGAGACACUCACUGUUGUUUCUGCUGACCACUCUCACACUUUGAGUCUCGGGGGCUACACUGACAGAGGCAACCCAAUAUUUGGCUUUGCCCCCCAGGUGAGCGAUGUGGAUGGCAUGCCUUACACCUCCCUCCUCUAUGCCAAUGGACCUGGGUUUCGUGUGGUCAAUGGUCAACGCUCAAACCCGCAGAACCACAGCAUCAGUCAUAAGGACUACACUCCGCAGGCAGCGGUGCCCCUUGUUGAGGAAACGCAUGCGGGGGAGGAUGUCCCCGUAUAUGCUCAAGGGCCUUGGUCACAUCUUUUUAAAGGUACCAACGAAGAUGUUUUCAUUGCCCAUGCCAUGGCUUAUGCUGCUUGCAUAGGCCCCUAUAGUUCCCGCUGUGGCCAGAUUCCUAAAGUGCCCACCACUGUGACCAAACGCACUACAACUGUGACCAAACGCACUUCAACUGCUGCCUACAGCUUGGGGUUUUGCCUUCAAAGUGCUACCUUCCUGAAAACCUCUCUCUUCUGUGUUCUGAUUGCUCUGUGGUCCUCUUAAAUGGUUGAGAUGGCCAGGUCCUCUGUUUGGCCACUACUAAACCUAAUAAAGUUAAGUCUAUUAUUCAAAG